GUUCAUGUUCGACAACCUCGAAAGUGUUUGUGUAUCCCCGAGGUCGCGCCCGCGUUAUGCUUCUGGCCCAGAAUCUUACCCGCAGCCUCCCGCCAUCCUUGCUUUCUCACUUGUGGCGAUCAAAUCUCCUUGGUCUUAUCCAGAGACCUCGAAUCUCUAGAUGAUUGGCAAGUGCUGGAUAGUGUCCGUCCAAAGAUGGAUGCCUUGCUGGACGGCCCUGUUCGCCCCCAAAGUAGUGGGCGUAAUCAAACAACCUUUUUCUUUCCUUCUUCCGCCCACGCCGUCCACGAAAAUGUCCUAAUUUACCGCCUAGUCCUGCCAUCCCUACGCUGGGACGCCGAGCCUCGAAGAUCAUUUCAGUUCCAAAAGUUUGGUUGUCUCUGAGUUUGCUGCUCUGCUGGCAAUCGCCGGGCUGUCCGGACCGCCAAGACUUUCCCGUACAAUUCAUACGCCAGAACCUCCCCCCUGACUUCGUCUCAGAAUCGCUGCGUUGACCUUUGACGAGGGUUCUUAACUCUCUUCGUCCCGUCUCUGAGCUUUUCCUUCUCCACGAUUUUUAUGCUUCUGGCCUUGCCUAAUCUUUUUGCCUCUUCUUCUGGACCGGGAUUGGCUUGUGAGGGAAAAGAGUUGCGCAGCGGGCGAUUCCAUCACCGACCAAAAUAAGUGCCCGCCCUUUGCCGCCUCGGCCACCGUCCCCUGGGUUGCUCCGGCGAGAAAAGGCAGCUUACGAGUCGUCGCAACAAAACACAAAGUCUAUUUUCGUUCUCGCCCAACCCACUUGUGUCCACAGAUCGCAGGAGUUGUUUACUCACCCUGCCAAAAAGGAGGAGGUCUGAGCUCAACGGCCGGUUCGAGCGUCAUCUGAUAUAGCGCGGGGUGUUCGCUCAAGUUCCUGCAGAGGGACUAAGAUCGGUUCCCUUCACCUGUACUCAUACCGAGAGGGCCGUUGAAGGGUUUUUGAAUUUAUACCUUAUUUCCCUUCUUGUCGCUUCAUUUCCUUCACAACAUCAGCACGAGGAGCAAGCGAGAACAGCAGUAAGAGAGCGGAAACUCAACAGAAGCCAAAGGACCAUGGGUCCGACUCACGACCACACCAUGAUCGCAAACCAAUCUCGAUGGACAGUACUGAGGAAUGGCUCCUCUCGCCGGUCAAAAGUACUCAUUGGUGCCUUCUUCAUCUUCUUAUUAUCCGCGAUCUUCGUACUGCAGCCGCACUGGCACGUCGCCAGCUCCGGACUGCCAGUGCCUAGCUUACACCGACCUACGCCAGAGUCUACACCGAAGGCGCCGGCCGGGAGCAAUGGUGGCGAUAAGAGCGCUGACUCACGUACAGCUGUUUUGACGCCGGACGCUGACGGGGUCCUCUUGUCCGCGGGAACGCCUAUUUUCACAUCGCCUAGCGGUCGUCACGCUCUCGUUCUGCAGGAUGACGGAGACCUGGUUCUCAACAGGGUUGACGAUGAUGGCAGCUCUCAUGCCGUGUGGUGGACCGCGACAGGUGAUUUGCACAAGGGCGGGCGCACAGUAAUUCUUGAGAAUAAACAAGGCCAUGUUCGUAUCGUAUUAAAUGCCAUGUUGAAGAAUACGUGGACGACGGUUUGGCAUAGCGACCUCGAACCGGCCUGCAAGAAGACACAGGGAGGCAUCAUGGGACGGAGCGAGGACGGCGGGUCGCAAGCAAUCGCCAAGUCGAAGAGAAGCUCCGGUCAACUCGAGCUAUCGGAUACGGGGAGACUAUCGAUUCCUGGGCUAUGCGAUUUGUACGUGCCACCGAGUGAGCGCGAAAAGGAGCGCAGUCUGGCUGUCAUCAUUGCCGGCCUGUACAGGACCAACCACGUUACCUGCAAGACGCACAUGUCAGAGCUCAUCGCCGACCAUCCGGCUUUCUCGAGGAUCGACGUCUUCGCAUACAUGCUCUACGAGCCUGGUGACAUAGAUGUGUUCAACCGAACCAGGGAGUCCAUUGAAGCGAACCUCAGGGAGUGCUACGGCUCACACCUGCGAUCGGUCGACGUUUUGCCUGUGAGCGAGACGGAGGUGAAAUAUCCCGGCGGCACGGAGGCGAUGGCGACGACACCAUGUGGCGAAAGACUGGGCAGGUUGAACAAUCAGCUGAGAACCGUAUCGUUGGCGGCGGAGAGAUGGUGGGCUUGGAGUGUCACCAACGGAUACACCCAUGACACGGUACUGCGGAUUCGACCGGACACGUCAUUAUGGGCGAGACCACAAUUCAAGACGCUGGAGGAGCUGGGCCCAAACACACUCAUUCUGCCUCACCCUCGAGGUGAACACUACUUCUACUGUGCGCGUAUGAGCGGACGUGUGGGUGUCGGACCAACCGAUCAAAUCGCGUACGGAAGCGCGGCGGCCAUGGGCCACUGGCUCUACAUGUACGACCGGUUUCAACAGAUGGUCGACCUUGCAGCAACUCCCUCUCGGCCGGCGCUCCGCGACUUCUCGGGAUGCGAGGUUAUGCCGUCAGGUCCCCUGGCAAGCGACUGCCCGACGCCGGCGCCUUGCUCAAUAGAGUGUCUCGUGGCAUGGUUUCUCGAGGCCCGCGGUGUGGACUUCCACAUCGAGUGGGGAUGGGAGCAGAACCCAUUGAGAUGGAAAGACAUUGGCCAACUUGGCGCAGAGGAAGAGAGACUGGCCGAUCACGACGACGAGGACGAUGGGAUGACGUGGGGAUGAAGUUGGUCGAGGCGAGGUUGUAGGAGAGGUGGCGCAUCUUUCUUUUGUCUCGUUGAUUUCUGGAAAGCGUGGUGUUUGGGUGAUUUGGGAAGGUCUUGAGAUUCAAGUACCUGAAUAGAGAUGUAUAAGUGAAGGAGAGAGCGACUGGUGGGUACUUACCCUAUGCAUUUGGCUUGAAGGUUACCUGGCGUCAACAAUUGGAAAGAACACCCCGGAAGCGGAAGGAACCGCGACAGCAUAUUACCUUACCUUACGGCAGGG